AUGGCAAAUCGAGGGCGAACGCUGGACCCUGAGGUGUUCUCAAUCAAAGAUCUGAAAGACAAGGCUUCGAAAAAGCUUCCUAAGAUGUAUCGAGAAUAUUUUAACGAAGGCGCCAUGGACAUGAUAACUCUUCGAGACAAUGAAGCCGCUUUUGACAGAUAUCGAAUACGUCCCCGCAUUCUGCGUAAUGUGUCCGUUGUCGACACGAGCACUACGAUCUGGGGAAGCAAAGUGCUGUUCCCGUUUGGGUUCUCUCCAGCGGCUAUGCAUCGACUUGCUCAUCCCGAGGGGGAAGUUGGCACUUCGAGAGCUUGUGCGGCUCUGAAUGUGGCGAUGGGACUCAGCGCCUACUCAACAGACUCACUGGAAGACGUUAUCAAACAGGGUGAAGGAAAAGCAAACCCCUAUGCCAUGCAGGUUAGCCUGUUGAGGAGCCGAGAGCUGACCGUUCAACUGUUGAAGAGGGCCGAGAAGGCGGGCUAUAAAGCCAUUCUUUUGACCGUUGAUGCACCAAUGCUGGGACGACGACUGAACGAAUUCCGCAACUCCUUCUGUAUGCCGGAGGGCACUACGUAUCCCAACAUCGCCCCGGGUUUGGACAUGAGCAACCUAGAGGGAGGAGACAAUGAACUAGCCUAUGAGAACGGCGUAAACUGGGACGAAGCCAUCUCAUUCGUCAAGAGUCACACCAACCUGGAGCUGUGGAUAAAAGGACUCUACACUGCCGAAGAUGUCGUCACUGCCAUCCAGUACGGCUUGGAUGGCGUCGUCAUCUCCAACCACGGUGGACGACAACUGGACGGUGUCCCAGCGACAUUGGAUGCUCUCCGAGAAUGCGCUCCCGUAGCAAAAGGCAAGAUCAAGAUUGGCAUUGACGGAGGAAUUCGGAGGGGAACGGACAUCUUUAAAGCUUUGGCUUUGGGCGCUGACUUCUGCUUUGCCGGGAGGAUCCCAAUCUGGGGCUUGGCUUACAACGGCCAUAGAGGGGUAGUUUUAGCCAUCCAGCUUCUCUAUGACGAGUUCAAACUCACUAUGGGUCUAGCUGGAUGCAAAACUAUUUCUGAGAUUAACCGCGCACAUCUCUCGGUCUUGGAAAGCAACGGAGUUCUGUCAAAGUUGUGA